UUACAGUGCACAAGCUACUGGCUCACCUGUCACAAAUACCUUUAAAAAAUAAAAAUACAUUCAUGGGAAAAAUUGUGUCUGUAGUUUGUUUUAUAUUGGAAAAAAGUUGCUCUUUUGUGUGGGAUCUUUAUCUUUUGUUUUAAUUUAUUUUUGUUAUUAAUUCUUUUCAUAAUAUUUUUGUUUAUUAGUGUAAUGGCAAAUAUGCGACGAUAUGCAAAUAUUUUGAUCACCGGAACUCCUGGUACCGGUAAGACAUCAAUAUGUGAGAAGCUUUUGAGUUCCCUCCAUAAUUACCAAUACAUCAAUGUUGGUGAGUUUGCUGCUGAAAGGCAACUUUACAUUGAAUAUGACCAUCAACUAGAAUGCCAUGUGCUGGAUGAAGAUGCUGUAGUUGAACAAAUGAGGCCUAUCAUGGAGGAUGACCAAGGUGGUAUCAUUGUUGACUUUCAUGGUUGUGACCUAUUCCCUGAAGAAUGGUUUGAUCAAGUUUUUGUCUUAAGAACAUCAAAUACACCUUUAUUUGAUCGUCUCUCUGAUCGCGGUUAUUCACAGAAAAAAUUGGACACCAAUGUGGAAAGCGAAAUAUUCCAGGUUAUUCUGGAUGAGGCUAAACAAACUUUUGAUGAAGACAUUAUUGUUGAGCUGAACAAUGAUGAACCCGCUGAUCUGGAUGCAAAUGUGAACCAUAUAUUGGAUUAUAUAGAAUGUCGGAAUAACCGACACUAUGAUGGAUUAAGAUGAAUUAUGGGAUAAAGCAAUUCCUGCUUUUAAUCGCAAUAUAUUAAGAGAUUGAAGUAAUGGUAAAAAAGGGGUUUGAUAACUUUUUUAUAUAUAUAAAAUUUGACACUUUAAACUAAAUUACAAAGCAAUGAAUGACAUUAUUAUGUGCAAGUAAGACUAUUAUGAAACAAGAUAUCUUUUUAUACCAUUUUUUAUCAUAUACAUUAAUCUCAUUAAGCAAUUCACAGAUUAACUCGAAUCCAUUGGAACUUCUCCAGUCUCCUCUUCCUCCAGUUUCACCUUUACCUCUUCGCUUCCCUCCUCUUCAUCACUCGGCAUCUCAGCUGCCUCCUGUUUAGGAUCUCCUGGAAGAUACUCUUGAACCAAGUUCAGAAUCAAAUUGAGAGCCUCCUCACUGAAUCGUUCCUCAUUCUCCUCAAUCAACAGCUGAAGUUCUACCAAAGUAGCUGGUCGGUUGUUGAUUAGUUGUAAUUUUUCGGCUUUAGUAAGUCGAAUCCCUUUUGCUUUAAGAGCAAGUAAAAAUGCCCGUAUCGUCUCCUCACUUUGAUAAACACAGUUAGUCUCUUCCAAGUAUUUAAUCGCUUCGUACGUCACCGUGGCCAGAUUUUUUUGAUCCUUAAGCCUUUUGCUAUCCUUAACAUUCUUCAGUAUGUUCCAAACCUCGUAAUUAGAACACAAAAUGGUUGGUUUCUUUAUUAUUUCCAUAUUUAUGUACCGUCAAAAUCUCCUCUAUUAUCCUAUUAAUUAAUGUUAAACCUAAAUAAAAAAAAGUU